UAGAUGAAGCUUUUGCAAUGUGGGCUGCUAAUGAGGAACUCAAGCCUUGUCAGCAUCCGACUUGUGGGUUUGCCUUGUGCAAUGUGGAUAAUGAGUUCAGACAAUGAAAGCUGUGAGAAAUCACAGCACAAUCUGUUGGGAUCCCCGUCUCCCCCACCCCCAAGGUGCGUGGGGCUUUGCAGGGAAGCUGGGCUGCUGCGCGCUGUCCCCCGCCACUGUUCUACCUUCCCAGAGCCGGGAAGGGGACAUGGAGAGCUAGUCACGAUACCGAUCAGUUCGCUGGAGCUCGUUGCUGAUACUGGACCAGCCCCAGGGUCCCGCCGGCCGCAGCGCAGACGCUGAGUGCUGCGCAGCGGGCUGCAGUGCCCUGCCUGCUUCCCCGCUGACUUCCAGAGACAGGAGCGUGCCCGAGCUGAGCGAUGAGGGGACGAGGCAGUUAAGCAGUUGCUGUCUCAAUCUUGUCGUGGCUGCACCUAACUCAGCCUCCUGCAGAGGAGACGGCACCCAUGGGGGCAUGGCAGGCACCCGGAGAGUGCGGGUUCCUGGGAGUGCACUUGGAAACUGCAAGCAGCUAACGCCCGCUGCCCGAGCCCCCAGAUGGGACUAGAGCCAAGCUCCUGCACUCCUUACGGGGAUGAAGGUAGAGCCAUGUUACCUGCUACCUAAGCUCGCUGUUGCUGAUGUAGUUUGUGGAUAUGGUCCCACACCAGGCUUCGUGCACAGACUCUCAGCUCUGAUCCAGCCUGAGACGUUUUAGCGGCAGCAGAGAAAUCCCCAGCUGUGGAGCGGGCUCCUCCGACCACCCUGCGACGGAGGGGCUGCAGCGCUGGAGAGUUACUAUGCAGCUUGGACUGUUUGUGGUGGUGGUUUUUCUAAGCUCGAUGGAUCUAACAGGCAGCAGCAAAGUGGUGAAGGGCAAGAGGCAAAGACGAAUCAGCACCGAGCUGAGUCAGGGCUGCGCCAGAGGCUGCGACCUGUGCUCCGAGUUCAAUGGGUGCCUGAGAUGUUCCCCCAAACUCUUCAUCCUUCUGGAGAGGAAUGAUAUUCGGCAAAUUGGGAUUUGCCUACCGUCUUGUCCACUGGGAUACUUUGGCCUUCGCAAUACAGACAUGAACAAGUGCAUCAAAUGCAAAAUUGAGAACUGUGAGUCCUGUUUCAGUCGAAACUUUUGCACAAAAUGUAAGGAAGGUUUGUAUUUGCACAAAGGGAGAUGUUACGUCACAUGCCCCGAAGGCUACUCUGCUGCCAACGGCACCAUGGAGUGCAGCAGUCCUGCACAAUGUGAAAUGAGCGAGUGGGGGCCCUGGGGGCCCUGCUCCAAGAAGAGGAAGCUCUGUGGCUUCAAGAAGGGCAACGAAGACCGAACGCGGCGGAUCCUGCAGGCUCCCUCCGGAGAUGUGUCCCUGUGUCCUGCAACCACGGAGGUGCGGAGAUGCACCGUGCAGAAGAACCAGUGCCCCGAAGGGAAAAGAAAGAAAAAGGAAGAGCAAGGAAAGCAAGAUAAUGCGAAUGGGAACAGAAAUCGGAAAGACACCAAAGACGCUAAGUCUGGCACCAAGAAGAGGAAGAGCAAACAGAGAGGGGCCGCGGUCCCCGCCACGUCCGCUAGCCCUGCCCAGUAGCUGCCCCUUUAUGUCACCUGAUGGCAAGACUUCAUUGCUGCUAUGUAUAUGAAAGCUUUAUUGAACCAGAGCACUGCUACACAACAC